UUCCCUGUCAGUCUGAGUGUGACAACAACGUGAAGCGCACCUCACAGUGUCGGAGCAUCGCUUGCAAACCAAAACCACAGGCGUAAACAUCUGUGUCCUGUGGAGUCCUCGUGUUUUCACCAAGAACUUUGCUGGAAUAUGGGGUAAAAUUCUGUGCGUAAAGGGGACAUUUGGACAUGAUGGGUUUGUUUCUUGUUGGAGAAACUGGAGAACGUGCAUUACUGGAAAGUGUCACCUUCCGGACGUGAGAGGGGAACCUUGACUUAGUGCGAAACAGUUAAAGAAGUCCCAGCAGGUAUGAAUUCCACGGAGGAAGCAGGGAGAUUUAAACCGCCCACCAUCCCGGCGAUUAUGUUCAUUUUCGGGGUGGUAGGGAAUGUCAUCGCGAUCGUGGUUCUGCGGAUAUCACGAAAGGAACAAAAGGAGACCACUUUUUACACCCUUGUGUGUGGCCUGGCGGUGACAGACCUCCUUGGCACCCUGCUAGCCAGUCCCGUCACCAUCGCCACCUACAUUAAGGGCGCCUGGCCGGGAGGUGAGGCGCUGUGCCAGUACUCCGGCUUCAUCCUCCUCUUCUUCUUCUUGGUCCAGCUCAGCAUUGUGUUUGCAAUGUCAGUGGAGAGAUAUUUGGCAAUAAACCAUGCGUAUUUCUACAACGAGUACGUCAACCAAAAACUCGCUGCUCUGACUCUUUUGGCCACUUACAUUUCAAACAUCGUGUUUUGCGCGCUGCCCAGCUUGGGGCUCGGGCAGGUGAAGCUCCAGAAACCAGGGACCUGGUGUUUCAUCGACUGGCAGAACAACAAGACAACAGUCGCGGCUUUUAACUUGAUGUACGCGGGUGUGAAUUCAGUCAUCGUGCUGGCCACUGUCAUAUGCAACGUGAUGGUGUGCGGGGCUCUGAUCCUGAUGCACAAGCGCUUCAUCCGACGCACGUCUUUGGGCACGGACCAGCGGCGCAUCGCGGAGCUCAGGCGCAGACGGAGUUUCGGACGAUUAGCUGGAGCAGAGAUCCAGAUGGUGAUCCUGCUAAUAGCUACCUCCGCUGUUGUCCUCAUCUGCUCCAUACCUUUAGUGUGGAGGAUCUUUGUGAAUCAGCUGUACAGAAACCAGACAGAAAAGUCUUCUGGUCUGAAUAAAGACCUGCUGGCCAUCCGCAUGGCUUCAGUCAACCCCAUUUUGGACCCUUGGAUCUACAUCCUGCUCAGAAAGACAGUGGUUCUUAAGCUAAUGGAGAAAAUCAAGUGUCUGUUCUGCAAAAUGGGCGGGCGGGGACGAAGGAACGGCGGGCAGUUCCGCUGUGCCGACGGCCACCUUUCCUCCUCCAUUGUCUCACGAGACUCUCCCUCACUGGUGUCACGUGAGUUGCGGACAAUGGUGUGCACCUCACAGACUUUUCUAUACCCGUCUGAGGAAAACACCAGGAGGUCAUUUGAAGCGGGGGAGCAGGGUGGCUCCUUUCCACCAGCUGCACAGACGUUACAGGGCCCCCAGGAGCUGGAGGGGACUCAGAGGGGGUUUCUACAGAGUGAUUUAGAGGAGAGAGCACCAGGCAGGUCACUGAAAGAGCUUCCAAUGUGCCCUAAGGACCCAGCUCUACAUGUGACCUUCACGGCUGUGACUGCAAACAUACAGGAGAAAUGCAUAUAGCAUGAUCUCCAAAUCACUGUGAUAGACAUGUCAUGGGAGAGGCGAUAGGGACUAAUAAGAGCACUGCAGAGACAUGAUGGUAAUGUAAAAGCAUGGAAAGACUGAAUAGCUAUCAAUAUCUGUAGAUAUCUUGCUGUUUGACAGAUGUAUUACUGAACUAAAUACCCACUGUCAGUGUAUUACUCCUCAGUCAUAACUCACCACAAACACCAUAUCUGCAAAUAAACUUAAGUAAAUCACAAGUUAUAUCAGUUAUAAACAAUACAGAACAACAUGGUGUUGUAGAGGAGAUCUUUUGUUGCACUUUCUGAAUCUGAAAACCACUGCUCGGCUGUUUUGAACAACCUGCACAAUGACUGUAAAGAAUCAAUGUAAAAUGUGAAAAGUGUUCCAUGAUGUUAAUUUAUUUUAAGUAUGAAAUUGUACGUUAUUGUCUUCUCUGUGAGAAGGACCAGAUAGUUUGGAGCCAUUUUAAAUCGGUACAAGAUGAAUGUGACGAGUUUUUUUGGUACGUAGGAACAUUUGCAAAUGAUUUGGUCCGAACUGGUUGGCAGAGCAGCGCUGACUUCAAAGCUAGAAUCAUACCAUCCCCUGCAUUUCAUAACAAAAGGCAGCUAUACUGUGGCUUUCCCACAAUACAGACACUGGAGGAUGUUAGGAGGCCUUCUCAAGAAAUGUGUUAAUAACAAAUAGUUAAUUUACUCAUUCCAGCCCAUUACUUUGCAAGGAUUCAUCUUAUUUUACCUUAAUGUAAUGUGCAAUUCCUCUCAUCUAAUCAGACUUUAGGGGUCAAUUGAGAAGGGGAAUGAAAACUGAAGACUUUCUGUUCAAUGAUUUUAAAGGUUUUGCCUUUUCUUACAAUGGAUUUCCAGGUGGCAUUAAUGCUAUUGUUGCUAUAAAGAUUGACAAAUGCAUAUUUCAUUAUUACAAUUUUUUUUUGAAGCAACAGCCAGUGUCAAAUUUACCAUAAAAUGACUCUCUUGUGAAAAGACUAAUGUUGUACCAAGCUCAUGAAUAAACUGAAAAUAAAAGUUGGUUAACGUCCACAUA